AUGGAAACGUUAAUGAUGGAGACAGACAAGUAUGAAACCAAGGACGUGUUUGCAGUUGAUGAAACACCUGUAUUGUACACUAUGCCACCUAUUCAAAAUGCAUUGGAUGAAGGACGAAUGCGUUGCAAAAAACGCUUUAUCGUGUCUUUAGCAGCAAAUGCAGAUGGAUCGGAGAAGCUGCAGCCGCUUUUUGUGUCGCAUCAUGAACAUCCCACGUGUUUUCGCAAGAAAACGGCUGAACAGCAUGGACUGCACUACUUUAGCAACAACAAGGCGUGGAUGACGGGCGUCAUUUUCUCGCGCUGGCUACAGCGACUCGACUUUGCCAUGGCAAACCAAAAGCGCCGCAUUCUGCUUUUUAUCAAUGACAUGCCGUCACACGUGGUUGCGCACCUUGACCUCACGAACGUCGUGGUUUUCAUUCUAACUCCUGCUGUCAUGCAGAUGCUGAACCCCAUUACAUCCCGCGUCGUGACCACCUUCAAAAAGCGUUUUCGUCGCUACCAUUUGCGCCACGCAAUUGACAAGGCAGAUGCGAAGAGCGCCAGGUUUGAUGUGGAUGUUCUCCAGGCAAUGAAGUGGGCUGCUACGAGUUGGGAAGAGAUCACGACGGAGACGAUUAAGCGCGCUUGGAUUCCCACGCAACUUGUGCGCAACCGUGUGGAAAUGGACGACCAUGACCUUUUGCAGGAAGAAGAAGAGUCUGUAUUGGACACGGAAUUGGAGCACUUGAUGCUUUUCCUGCGUCUGGCGGACCCUAUUCCAAUGAUAGAGUAUCUGAACGACGAGACGAUGUCUGAUUAUCCGGUGCACGAAGACAAGUUUGACGUGGUGUCAAACGUGCAUGAAGUCCCAGAAGAUGAAGUGGAUGAGUCCGUGGAGGAAUGUCCGGGUCGUACUUUGUCAUUGCAGGAGAAACUGAAAGCGUUUCGUGAUGUGCUGCACGUCCUUAAGGACCGAAAUGAUGCUGAUGACAGCGCUUUGAAUGCAAUUCGACGAGUACAAGAUGCGAUUCGAAUGGAGGGUCAGAAAGAGGCAUUGGGAGCUUUAAGCAGCCAUGAUGGAGAGGCAAAGAACGCUUUUGACCUAGAUACAUCUAGUGACGUCGUCAAUGCUUCUGCGGUGACUGCACUGGAAGUUGACAGCCAGCAGCACAUGGACGCAUCUUCGCUGUUGGAUCCGUCAGAGAACUCGGCUCUUUCCGCGGCUUCCGCUUCUUUAGCUGAAGGAGCAGGUGUAGUAGACCCCGCCAGUGUGAUGAUGGAUGGAGCUGCUGAUGGCGAAAGCUGCCAGCACGUUAACGAUGGCGAUGGAGGGUCUUUUUUGGGUUUCGUGAUCGUGGAGCUUUCUUGUGGGCGACAGCAUGGGAAUAAGUUGAGAGCUAAGGAACCAAGUGCUGCAACGCUGUUGUCGUUACCACGACACGAAGACAUUCAGCAGCAACACUGA